UGUCUCUGCCUCCUAGACGCUUCCUCUGCAGCGGAACAGGCUGGCAGGCAGCCUGCGAUGGGGCCCUGCUCAGAAGACCCCCCCCUCUGCUGGGCCUCCUGGCUCCUGGGCUUCAGCAGCCUCCUCCUCAGUGUCUGCAGCACUGGGGUCAAGAGUUCUGGAGCACAUGGUGCUGGAGUUCAGGAUUCUGGAUCCUACGUUUCUCUGAAGAGGAUCCGAGGAGGUUCUGUGUGGUUUCAUGUGAUCAAGGAGCCAGGAACUGAGCUGGAGGAGAUCGUUUGGGCCUUUGGCCCUGCCCUUAAAUAUCUAGUCAUGCUGAAAGUCCGUAAUGGGGCAGAAGAGACUCCAACCUGGGUCAAACUACAGGACAAGUACAUGCAGAGGGUCCGUGUGCCCAACAUGACGUCCCUGAGGAUUGAGAACUUGACCCGUGAGGACAGUGGGCAGUACCGGGCUCGAGCCAGCUUAACUGGGGGAAUGGAAUCUCACCAGAUUUUCGACCUCACUGUCUAUGAGCCUGUGCCCCUUCCCCAGAUCCUGGUCCAGUCAGUGUCUACCACAGGAGGCUGGUGCAACAUCACCCUGGAGUGCAGGGCUUCAGGGGUCACAGAGGACAUGAACGUGACCUGGGAAAGCAAGGACCUCCCAAGGGAGCUGGAACCAGCCCGCAACUCCUGGACCCUGGCUGUGAGCCUGCCUCUGAGCCCGCCCAAUGCCAGCCUCACCUGUGUGGUCAGCAACUCGGAGGACCAGAAAAAUGUCACCACAUUCCUUGGGACACUGUGUGCCCAUGAUUCACAGGGACAGGCCUCAACAGGCACCCUCAAAGCCAUCCUUGGGGCCGUCGUGGCUGUGCUACUGAUCCUCGGUGUUGGACUGUACCUUUGGAAGACACAUGAGAAGAAGAAGAAGAUGGAGAUUGGAAGAGGUGCAGGACUGCAGGAGGAACACAGGAACCACGAUGAUGACAUCCAGUAUGCAGAGCUGAGCCUGCAGGAGUCUCGAGGGGGCAGGGACAAGGGUAUGGGUGAACGACGUCUACAAGAAAAGGAAUCUCUCACUACUGUCUACAGUGAGGUCCAGAAGCCAGGCCCGGCCAGGCCAUGAAGAUAAAGAGAAAACAGGAGAAUCAGCAUUCCUAGGACACCUCCACACUGAGCUUGAUCCCUGCAGACACCUGCCUCUUCCAGCUCUGGUCCAGCUCCGGCUGCUUCUGGUCCACAUUCCUCUGACACUCAUGUCUUCAACUCCCUAGGCUUGUGUAGCCCUGUCAUUUCCUCUGACUCCUACCUAAGCUGCCCUCCCACUCAGGACCCUCACUCCUGCAGGACAAGUGCUCUUUCCCUGUCAUUGACUUGGCUCCUGACCCCUCUCCUCCUGAAGAUUCCCCAAAGGAGACCCUCCUGAUUGUGCUUGUGUUAAUCCCUACAACCUCUGCUGUGUGUCUUUCUGAGAACAUGAGCACAAGUGUGGGGACUGUGUAGACAUGUUGACCAGACCACAAAGGAGGGAGUGAGGCCCUUGGUGCCAGAUGCUGAGUUCGGGAUUAAUGGAAGCAGCACGGGUGGGUGGGAGCCCACAAAGGCAGUGACUCGAGUCUUCCUUUGCAGCUUGUGGAGGGCUCCCUUGGGGGUGUUGGGCAGUGUGUGUGUGUGUGUAUGUUGGGGGGAGUGUCUAGUGUACGUUACAUACUGGCCUGAGCACUUGUUCUUGGCCACCUGUGUUAACCUGGACCUCGGCCUCAGUGUCAGCCCAUGGAUCCCAAACCCACUUUCCUGUGGAGUGGGAAGAGGAAUUUGUACUGUUUCAGGCCCUUUCAAUUCUUCUGUUUCUCAGAAAAUGACUUCAGAGGCCCAAAGCUGGGAGUUGCCCUCUUAAGAAAACAGCUUCAUCUCUUCUCCUACCUUGGAUAGGGGCACUUGGUAGUUGGAAUGGAUGUGCAGUGACCUCCCACCCUCCUUGGUGGGGCUGUUGUGGGGUGCGAAGCUUGUCGAACCAGCUGUCUCCAGACUCUUCUGCUGACUCUCAGCCCCCCACAACCAUGCUGGCCUCAGCCCCUAGGUCAGCCCCUCUUUGCUCACUGACAUCCCUGUGUCUAGAAUGACAGUUCCCUCUCCCUGUUCCUUGCUCCCAUCCCUGUCUGUUGAAAUAUUACCAUCCUGCCUGAAGCCUCCUUCCAAGUCACAUGUUCUAUGGAUCCUGUCUGGUCCAAAGGUUUGGAAAUGGUCUCUCCCAUGUCUGAUAUUUUCAAAUGCUUUGGAUGUAACUAAGGUCAUGGCCACAGUCUGUCCUGGAUUAGUCAUGAGUCUUCCCUGCUGGACUAACCUGGGGCUCCCUCAAGAGGGUGUCAGGGCUGUAGGAGGCCAGGAACAAGAAAACAAGUACCUGUCUCUGUGAAGGGUCUGGGCCACCCUUCCUCCCACAGGAGCUCAGCAGACUGAGACCAAGAGCACAGAGGCUGCUGCAGGUCUUUCUGGUGGUGGGUCCAUGUGGAAGCAAGAAUGGAUGUGAUGACCUCCCAUGACCCUGUCGAUGAGCUCUCAUGACUCUCCCUGGCCCAGAGAUCUGAGGUGGGGACUUCCCUACUCCAGCUCCAGCCUCAUGUUGUCUGAGGACCUGAUUCAGCGUGCACUGUUGUGUGUAGGAGCUUCUCUCCUCCAUGCGAGUCCUUGCCUCCUGAAAGCUUCUGCCUUCUGCCUUGGAUCACAGCUCUUGGGUCAGAGAUGGACCCACUGGUACUAUAAACUGUGGUACCUUGUCUCUUGCCCUAGAUUCCUGGGUCUCUUGGUUUCCCUCCCAGUCAGCUCAGAUCAGCUGCUUCAUCCCUGACCUCAGAGCAAAGUUCUGAGCCACAGGCUUGAGCAUUAUGAAGCAAUGCUAGGAGCCUGCUGGAUGGCGCAUGGAUAAGGGAGGAGUAGUGGGAUCCAUAAAAAGACUGUUUCUGACCUCUUUUCCCUUAAGCUGAGCAGAAAGCUGAGAGACAAAAAGAUGACAUCUCCUCACUGGAAUUUUCUCUUGUCAUGCAUUGACCCCACCUCUCCAUUGAAUCUGCUCUUGUCCGGGUUGUCAGGAAACUCCGGGUUGUUAACUCCAAUGGUCAAUUCUUAGCCCUCAUCUCCUGUGACCUUUCAGCAGCAAUGGACCUAUACCUCCUCGAAACACUGUCCUCGCCUUGCGUUCCCCACUCGCCAUUCUUUUCCUCCUACUGAGUAGCUGCUCCUUAGUUUCCUUUAUCAGUUUUUUUCCAAUCUCUCCAACCUCCAAGUUCUGGGAUAUCCCAGGGCUCAUACCCAAACCACCCAGACCACCUCUCUUCACUACCUGCACUCAUUUUAUUUCUGAUGUUAUGACCACGCACUAAUCUCUGGAACCUGUGACAUUAUGACCUUAUGUGGCAAAAGGGACUCACAGAUGUGAUCCUUCCCUGGACUCCACAUCAUAAAUUCCCAACUGUUUACUUGACAUCUCCACUUGCAUGUGUAACAGGCGUCUCCAGCUUGACACGUCUAAAUUCAGACUCCCCAAACAUGCUGCCCAUACAGUUUCCCAUCCCUAAAAUUGUCACCUCAAUCCUUCCGUUUGUUCUGGCCACAAAACCUUGGUGUCAUAUUUGACUUCAUUCAUUUUCUCAUACCCUACACUCUAUCAGCAAAUACUGAUAUCUUUUCAUUCAGUACAUAUAUUCAAAUAUUUAUAUAUCCAUAUAUAUUGAUACAUAUAUUCAUAACAAAAUACAUCUCACCUCCCCCCUGGCCCCAGGUCCAUUUCUCACCUGUAUUAUUGCAGUAACCUCAGUCUCCCUACUUUUUACUUAACCCCUUAACAUCUGUUUUUGAAAUAUCAUCCAGAGUGGUCUUUUCAAAACCUAAGUAGCAUCGCAUUACUCCUUAGCUCAGAACUCCCCUUGGGUCCAAUUUAUCUGUAAGGCCCUGUACCAUCUGACCUGAUCUCUCUUGCUCCCCUCCUCACUUAAUUCACUCUAGGACACUGGGCUUUUUGUCCUUCCUUCAAUGCACCAUGCAUGCUCCUGCCUCAGGGCCUUCGCUCUGCCUAGAAUUCUCUUGCCCCAGCUGUCUGCCUGUCUCAUUUCCUGACCUCCUUCAGGUCUUCUACAAACGUUAUCUUCUCGGUAGGGUCUCCCCUGACCUCCCUACUUAAAGCUGCAAACUCCUCCAGGCGCCAUCCUCCUCCUCCAAACUCUGUUUUUCCUCAUUGUUCUUCAAAAGGCUGUGAGUCAGGGGGCGUUUAAUCUGGGCUGUAGUUUAAAGACAAUGGGAAUGGAGGCCUCAAAGUGUAAACUGCAAAUCCUAUUAUGCAAAUACCAUUAUUCUUCCCAGGAAACUGCAACACUGAUACUUAAUGAACCUGCUCCAGGUCACAUAACUAGGAAGUGGCAGAGCUGGGAUUAAAUUUUGGAGUUGGAUUCUAAAGCCCCCACUCUUGACAGCUGUACACUGGUUAAAUAAGGUGUAGUCUGUCCACAUGGUGGAGCACUAUAGAUGUAAUAAGAAGGAUAAAUUGCAUCUUUACAUAUUUAGGUGGGAAACUGCCCCUGAGAUAUUAAAUGAGUUAGCAGACAGUAUGUAUACUAUUAACCUGUAUUAUGAAUAUAUACAACCAUAUUUUUAUGUUGGCAUAAAGGAAGUCUAAAAGCUGAUAUGUCACGAACUUAACAGUGGUUAUCUUCUGGCACCUGUUUCUUUUUCUGUAUCAUCAGAUUCUCUAUAACACUUAUCAGGAAAAAGAUCAUCUAUUACAAUUUUUGAGCAGGGCAGUGACAUGAGCAGGGCCAUGUUUCAGACAGAUAACACCACAUAUGUGCCAACCAGAAGCACAUCAUCUUGGAAAGUCGUUAAAGUAUUUAUGCUCAUUUUCAUUUUCUAUUGUGUUGAAUUGAUGCCUUCGGAAUCUUUAUUGAAAUAAUCCUAAAUAUUUCUGGAUCUCUCUACACAGGACAGGCAAAGAGAAAAUGGUGGUCUAAGUGAUUCAAAUGGACACUCCCCAUGACCCAGCUCACCAACCUGGCUGUUCAUCAGAUCAACUGGAGAGCUUUUAAAAACAGAAGCCUGGACCCUACCUCCAAACUGGGCAUCAUCUGUAUUUUUAAAAACUCAAUAAGUCAUUCUGAUGCAUGACCAGGAUAGAGAACUAAAACAUUGAUCUACAUGAAGCCUUCAAUAAAUUCAAAUGGGAAUGCA